UACUUUCCACUCCAUUAUUGAUGGCAUUGAGUCCUUACUGAAGCAAAGAAAGCUGCUGCUCCAUUCCUAUUCUUCAUCUUCCCCUCAAUUCCUUCACCUCCUCUGCAGAGAAACAGACAUGGCCCUAGAGAUGUUUGCAGGAGCUUUUCUCUCCGCUUCUCUCCAAGUUCUUUUCGACAGGUUGGCUUCUUCCGAGGUCUGGAGCUUCAUCGGGGGACAGAAUGUCAGUGAAGAACUCCUUCUGGAGUUGGGGAUGAAAUUGCUGGUUGUGGAUAAAGUGCUCGACCAUGCUGAGGUGAAGCAAUUUACAGAUGAACGAGUCAAAAGGUGGCUGGUGCGCGUUAAGAAUGAUGUGUAUGAUGCGGAAGACCUACUGGACGAGAUUACUACGGAAGCUUUGCGACGCAAGAUGGAAGCUGCUGACUCCCAGACUGGCCCAACUCACGUAUUGAACAGCUUUUCCACAUGGUUUAAGGCCCCACUUGCUGAUCAUCAAAGCAUGGAGUCUAAGGUAAAGAAGAUCAUCGGCAAACUGGAAGUUCUUGCACAAGCAAUAGAUGUGCUUGCUUUGAAUGGUGAUGGUAAGAAAUUGCCACAAAGAUUACCCUCGACUUCUCUGGUGGAUGAAUUUUCUGUGUACGGCAGGGAUGAAAUUAAAGAGGACAUGAUUAAAAGGUUGUUGUCUGAUAAUACAAGUCGCAACAAGAUUGAUGUGAUCUCCAUAGUCGGCAUGGGCGGGGCCGGCAAGACCACACUGGCUCAGCUUUUGUAUAAUGAUGGGAGAGUGAAAGGACACUUUCACCUGAAAGCAUGGGUUUGUGUUUCAGAGGAGUUUUGUCUUCUCAAGGUGACAAAAUCAAUUCUCGAGGGAAUCAGAUCUGCGACCUCUUCUGAUAUGCAAAGCGAGAACCUAGAUUUGCUUCAGCAAAAACUGAAAGAGAGCCUUGGUGACAACAGAUUUCUACUCGUCCUGGAUGAUGUUUGGGAGAAAUGUCCUAGUGAAGGGGAAGGGUUACGAAUUCCGCUCCUAGCUGCUUGGGAAGGGUUACGAAUUCCACUCCUAGCUGCUGAGGAAGGAAGCAAGGUUGUUGUGACCACUCGCAAUCGAAACGUUGCAAAAAUCAUGCGUGCAGAUCAUACUCAUCCUCUGGAAGGGUUGUCCCAGGCACAUUGUUGGUCCUUAUUUCAAAAACUUGCAUUUGAAGAUGGAGACUCCAGCCCAUAUUCUCAGCUUGAGUCAAUAGGCAAAAAGAUUGUGGCUAAAUGCCAAGGAUUGCCUUUAGCGGUCAAAGCACUUGGGAGUCUCUUGUAUUCUAAAACUGACCGAAGGGAAUGGGAACAAAUUUUGGAGAGUGAAAUAUGGGGCUUACAACAUCAUCAAAUCCUUUCCUUGGUUGAUAUUGAGUUAUCGAGAUCUCCCAUUGCAUCUGAAACGAUGUUUUGCCUAUUGCUCCAUUUUCCCCAAGGGCCAUGAAUUCGACAGGGAGAAACUGAGUUUACUAUGGAUGGCAGAAGGACUUCUACAAUUUUCAAAAAGUAAUGAAAGAAUGGAAAAGGUAGGGGAGCAUU